UGACCGACGUUCACCUCAUGUCGACCAAAAACAGGAUACCGCAGCAGCCUAGAGGACCACCACGCAAUCUGUUGGUACUGUUCACGCUCUCCGCAGUGGUGGUGCCUUUCUGCUUUAUCGCUGGAACGAAGCUAGACGCUUGGGUUAGGGGGGACAAGGAGCUGCUGGAUGCCCCUUCUGGCCCGGCUCCGGCUCUUCCACCGUCCGACGACCCGAAGGAGAGAGGGAAGAGGAGAAGCGCUCUGAUUGAAGAAGCGAAAAUGCUCGAGGCAGAACGUGAGGUGCUGGAUCAGCGGCUUGGGCGAGUAAAAGAGAGAAUAGCAGAGAAGGCAGCUCGUGCAGCCCGGGCUACCGGACAGGGCCAAUGAGAAUGCCUGUAUGGGGAUUUGUAGAUGAUGAACAUGAGGUAGUGGAUUUACGCUGGCGGAUGUGUAGGGGAGAGGUGUGGGCGAAGGAGUCGCGUGCUGUCUGCUGGCGACGAUCACCUUGUUCGGGUAGUGCACGGUCAACAUCAACAACAUCCCUCCUACAGCUCGACAUCCUUCUCUCAUGCGACGAUAAUGGACAGGGCCGUGGAAGAUGGGGCAGCGUACCUCGUAGAUAGACUAGCCAGGUUCAGAUGCUUUCCAUACGCACGUCGGGAACGUCCAACUGAUUACAUGCAAUGCAAGGC